AUGAGCUGGAGUUUCCUGACGCGGCUCCUGGAGGAGAUUAACAACCACUCAACCUUCGUGGGCAAGAUCUGGCUGACUGUCCUCAUCGUCUUCCGCAUCGUGCUGACGGCCGUGGGGGGUGAGUCCAUCUACUACGACGAGCAGAGCAAGUUUGUCUGCAACACGCAGCAGCCGGGCUGCGAGAACGUCUGCUACGACGCCUUUGCCCCGCUCUCCCACGUACGCUUCUGGAUCUUCCAGAUCAUCAUGGUGGCCACGCCAUCGGUGCUCUACCUGGGCUUCGCCAUGCACCGCAUCGCCCGCAUGCCCGAGUCCUCACGGCGCCGGGCACCGGCAGCCCGGCGGCGCAUGCCGGUGGUGCGCCGGGGAGCUGGACGGGACUACGAGGAGGCAGAGGAUGAUAACGAAGAAGACCCCAUGAUCUUUGAGGAGAUCGAGGUGGAGAAGGAGAAGAGCCCGGAGGGUGGAGAGAAGCAUGAUGGCCGGCGCCGCAUCAAGCAGGAUGGGCUGAUGCGCGCCUACGUCCUGCACUUGCUGUGCCGCUCGCUGCUGGAGACAGCUUUCCUCUUCGGGCAGUACCUG